AUGCUGCAAACCAGAGUCAAGUUCAUCAGUGAAGUUAAUAUUCCACGGAGGCGCCACCAGAAUUCUCAUCGAAAAAAGCGUCGCCGGAGAGAUUAUGUUCGAGUUCCCGGACCAUAUGCUUCUACUCUAGCCGCUUUAGGAAAUCGGACGAAAGGCUCCCCGGUGAGCUUCAAGGGGUGCCCUUUUGAGUACUUGAAGGGAUCAAACGGUAGGGCUUCGAUCAGGGUUUUGCCGGAUUUUUUGAUCAAGAUCUUUACAGGGGGUAAUGAAAAUGGAGGUGAAGGUUCCGAUAGUCCAGCCGGAGAUAGUUUCCUGUGCAGCACGCCGGAGUUAAAGAAGCAUUAUAAUCAAUUGGUGGGGUCUAAGGAUCAGGUUUGGUCACCAAAACUCGAAACCAUUUCUGAGUAUAAAAUUAGGUAUUCGCCUUGCAGAUUCAUAGGGUUGGAAUGGAAGCAAAAGGAGGCAGAAAAUUGA